AUGGCCUUCGGCGGCGCCCAGCCUCCCUACCUGAGCCCAGUCAUCCCCUUCACUGGGGUAAUCCAAGGGGGUCUCCAGGACGGACUUCAGAUCACCAUCAAUGGGACCGUUAUAUAUUCCAACGGAAACAGGUUUGCUGUGAACUUUCAGACCGGCCACAAUGACAAUGACAUUGCCUUCCACUUCAACCCUCGGUUUGAAGAAGGUGGAUAUGUGGUCUGCAACACGAAGCAGAAAGGAAGCUGGGGGGCUGAGGAAAGGAAGAUGCAAAUGCCCUUCCAGAGGGGGUGUCCCUUUGAGCUCUGCUUCCUGGUACAGAGCUCGGAGUUCAAGGUGAUGGUGAACAAGAACCUCUUCAUGCAGUACGCACACCGCGUGCCCUUCCACCGCGUCAACACCAUCUGCGUCACGGGCGCCGUGCAGCUGUCCUACAUCAGCUUUCAGAACACCGGCGCAGCUCUCAUCCCGCCCGCCUUCUCCACGGUGCGGUUCUCCCAGGCUGCCUGUUCCCCACCCAAGCCCAAGGGGCGCAAACCGAAACCUCCAAGGAUCUGGCCGGCCGGCUCGGCUCCCAUUACUCAGACCAUCAUCCACACGGUGCAGAGCACCCCUGGACAGAUGUUCCCUCAGAAUCCCAUGAUCCCACCCAUGGCAUAUCCCAACCCAACCUAUCCGAUACCUUUCUUCACCUCUAUCCCCGGUGGGCUGUACCCCUCCAAGAGCAUCAUGGUGUCGGGUACCAUCCUGCCCAGUGCUCAGAGGUUCUACAUCAACCUGUGUUCCGGGAGAGACAUCGCCUUCCACCUGAACCCCCGCUUCGAUGAGAAUGCCGUGGUCCGCAACACACAAAUCAACAGCUGCUGGGGGUGUGAGGAGCGAAGCCUGCCCCGACAGAUGCCCUUCUUCCGAGGCCAGAGCUUCUCGGUGUGGAUCAUGUGUGAAGGCUCCUGCCUCAAGUUGGCUGUGGAUGGCCAGCACCUGUGUGAAUACUACCACCGCCUGAAGAACCUGCCCGCCAUCAACAGCCUGGAGGUGGGGGGCGACAUCCAGCUGACCCACGUGCAGACAUAGGCCAGCCCUGCCCUGGGCUGCUGUCUGGCUCUGCUCAUCACCCCCACCUGCCCCGGAUCCUGAGCUUUGCUGGAGAGACCACGUCCUUGGCUGGCUCUGCUUCCGGCCAAGUCCACCUCGUCCCAUGCCGCUAGCUGUCACUCACGUAGGAGGCUGUAUCCUCGGCCCCUCCCCUUCCUCCAAUCUUUAACCUCUCCUCCUCCCGGAAAGCUACCCUGAUGACACCCCACUGGUCCCCACCAACAGACAGGAGCCUUCUCAGCAGGGGGCUCUCCCUUUUCCCAGUGUCCUUCGAAUAAAGAAAGAAAGAACAAUG